ACCUUUCAUUCUGAGCAGUGUAUCAGAUUGAGUGUGCGUGAGUAGGCUACUAGUAUGUAAUACACAACAAUUCCAGCUAACACUGGAGUUGAGAAAAGACAUAUCUCGUAGGUGAGAGCCUGCGCGCACGUGUUAUUCUAAUUCCUAUCAAAGGAAGAGGAAUUAACAGAGAAAUCGGAAUAACACAACGAUGGCAUUUUCUUCUUUUUGGAAGUAUUGCGCUCCCCUUACUCUCCUACUGCUCCUGUCCUAUUCGCAGACAGUGCGGGGGCAGGCCGUGCAGGCUGAGAACGUGACCGUGCUGGAGGGGGGGACGGCACAGAUCUCCUGUCGUCUCCAGAACUAUGAUGGCUCCAUCGUGGUCAUCCAGAAUCCACGCAGACAAACGCUAUUCUUCAAUGGAACACGAGCACUAAAAGACGACCGUUUUCAGAUGGUUCUUUUCACACAGCGUCUGGUGCGGAUCACGUUGACUAAUGUAAGCGUAUCUGACGAGGGUGGCUACUUCUGCCAGCUCUACACCGAUGACACACACCACCAGGUGGCGACGCUGUCGGUGGUGGUGCCCCCAGAGGUGCCAACGGUGGAGGUGAAGACAGAGGCAGUGGAGGGUGGAGAGGUGGAACUCACAUGUGUGUCCCCGCGGAGCAAACCACCAGCCACUCUGCGCUGGGUCCGAGAUCGCCGAGAAAUCGCAGGUGUGAUCUCUCAGCAGGAGAACGGCAAGACUGUGAGUGUUUCCAACACGAUCCGUAUCCCCGUGGAGAGGAAAGAUAACGGAGCUGCGCUGAGCUGUGAGGCGUCUCACCCGGCACUCGUGGGGCAGAAGCGAGUUCGGCACUACAGCCUGGACGUUCACUUUGCUCCUACGGUGAAAAUCAUUCCCCCUCAGGGCAUCCUCCGAGAGGGAGACUCCCUCAGUCUCACCUGCUCUGUUACCGGCAACCCACUACCACGUGACAUCCAGUGGUCGCGAGUGAAUGACACUCUUCCUGAGAGGGCGGAGAAAACGAGCAACAUUCUCCAUAUGUCUCGCCUCAGCCAAUCACACAACGGCACCUACCUCUGUCAGGCGCAUAAUAAUUAUGGCCGUGCAGCAGACCACUACACACUGCUGGUGUAUGUGUCUGUCCCUCCCAAAUCUCAUUCUGCCAUCGCUCACCCCAACCAUCCAUCCUCCAGCUUUACAAAGGAAUACCAAGACCCCGGGGCAGUGGUGGAAACCCACAGUGCCGUUCCGUAUGCAGUGAUCGGGGGCAUCCUGGCUGUGCUGGUCUUCACUGUCAUCUGUGUGCUCAUCGUCACCAUCUGGUGCUCCGUCCGACAGAAAGGCUCAUAUUUGACUCACGAGGCCAGUGGGUUGGAUGAACACGGUGAGGUUCAAGAGGCAUUCCUCAACGGAAACGAUGCCAGCCAGGGCAAGAAGGAGUACCUACUGUAGCGCCGCCCUAGUGGAGCUCUUCAGAAACACUGGACCGCUGCAGAGUGCACACCGCAACACACACUGUUCCCAAACAGACCCACACACCACCACUACGACAACCAGAGGGAAUCACAAUCGUGCCAUAUGAAGAUGGAGUGGGAAGGAGAGAACGGAGACAACAAUGGAGCGGGGUGGAGAGAGACGAGAGGAGAGGAUAAUUAUUAUGAUUGAAAGAGACCAUCACUCACACUCUUUCUGUUUUUACUUGUGAGUACGGUAGACAACUAGCCAUAAUUGUAGGACCAGGAGAGAAAAGUGUCCAUUCAAAACAGGCCGAUCCAUAACCCGGGUGAAACGGCGUCGCUGUGGGAAGCCGCAAAGGGCUUAUGAGCUAUUGAAUGUCCCAAUGUGAGCAAAUUGAAAUUCCCUGCGUUUGCCAAAGCGUUCAGGCCUCAGAGACUGAGCUGGUAGACAAUAAAUCCACCAAUGACAGCUCUGAGAGCUCAGAGCCAUCCUCAUAAAGUAUUCAUCUGCGCUUUUCAUCCGGCGACUCCAUUAUCUGCUCACGUUGGCCAAAACCUGUUGAAAAGUUCCUCUCGUUUUGAUCCUCUCUCAAUGACUCUCCGUUUCCCGCUCUCCGAUGCUCCUUCCUCUCCCUCCGCUAUCUCUCCACUAUUGUUUGUUAAUAAUUAAGGGAUUAGACAUGUUCUCUUUCAUGAGAAGAAUGAAUUGGAGCGGACCGCUCACUCUGACGCUGUAAAAAGAGGCUUAAUUAUUGCAAAGUCAUUGGUCAUUGGAAACGUGAAACCGUGAGGAUCUCAACUUGGGUGAGAAAAAACAGGAAGGAGAUUGGUUGUAGAGAACAUGUCAGAAAUUUCAAUAUAUCUAUAUUUUUUCUUUUUCGAUAACUCUACACAGAAACGCUUACACAAUGAAACAUAUCUCUAAAGUCGUUAUUUGUAUGAAAAAUUCUACAAAGUAAGUUAAAUGAAUCUUUUAAGAAAAAGGAAAAAAAAACACAUUUACUUUUGCGCGCAUUACCCAGCGAUGCUAUCGUACUAACACAGAACAUUAGCUUAGAGGUGCAAAACUGAACAAACUACUGUUACGUCAUCUUUAAAAAAACAAAAAAACAAUUCAAAAUUUAAAAAAAUAGAUAUUUCGUUUGUCUUUAAAAGAUAUCAGAGGUCUUAAGUGUUUUUAUUAAUUAUUAUUUGGACUAUUAUGAUCGUUGUAUUAUUAUUAUUCUUACUGUUAUUAUAAUUGUAAAUGUUAUAAAUUGUAUACUUCCCACGCUUUAGUUUUACCAGUAGAAACAGCCGUGUACCCACUUUUCUCUCUCCUCUUUCAUUCUCUUCUGUCCUUCUUGAUCCUCUUUGUGUCUUUCCUUCUAGUCGUCCGUCUCCUCUUCGUCUUUCACUUCCUGUUUAUUUUGUAGUCUUUGCGUCGCUGUUGAUAUAGCUAACUGUACAUCUUUAUAGGGGAAAGAUACCAAGCACGACAAAAUAAAAAAAUACUUAAAGACUUUCAUGUCAAAGACUGAUUUUCUGACUUCGAGAAGCUGACACAAUCAAGUUUCAACGGUGGCAAUAAAGCAAAGCAGCAGGGAAAAGGGGAGGAUAUUUUAAUUAGAAGAAGCAGCCGGCAGAGAUGAAAGCUGUGUGACUGAGAUGAUGAAUCAUAAGACUCCUAUGACAAAAGAGCAGAGACACCAGAGAGAGAAAGCAGGUGCAUUAAAACAGGACUCCUCCAUUAUUCCACUGUAAUCAAUAUACGAUCGUGUCAGAAGUCACUUGCUGAGCACUCCGGGGAAGGGUGGCUCUACGUUUAAAAGCCGAGGGGAGGAUGACUGAUCGAUGUGUUUGUCCUCUAUUGAUGGAGAGGCUCUGCAGAAGCCUGUCAUAAACAGUAACUGUCACAUGGCAAUCAAAGCGCACACUGCAUUAUCUGCUGUUUUGCUCGCUUUGAGCAGCUCCCUAGACAAAGGACACAUGCUAGCAAUUUCCUUUUAAGUACGAGUAGAAAUACUUGACAAAGCAUGAUCGGUUGCUAAUUUUGGGGUUUCUGUGAAGCGAGUUGACGCUUCAGCAAGCCGGCCAACUCCAAACGGCGAGUUAAAAUGACAAAUGACAGCCGUAGACUUCAUCAGAACUUCAUCAAUCUCUUGUAAUUUUGUUUACAGGACCCCGGCUGGCGUCUCAAAGGCAGAUCUGUGGGUCAUAAAGCAUAUGCUGGUCAAACAGGUUUAUCCAGGGACGAUAAACGGCUACAUUCUGUGCGUGAUAGAUUUGAAGCUUCCCAGCUCCUUGUAAUGACCCCAUUCAAGAGGAUGUGGACUAGAGCAGGUGCGAUGAAUUGACUGAAGCCGCUUUAGUGAUGAAAGAUUGUCAUAUCGGCAGGAAGCUAAAGGCUCUCAAGCGGAGAAAACAAUCGAAUGGGCUCUCGGUUUCGAAAGAGCUUUUACUUGUUUUUCCUUUUUGACAAGUCCAGCUUCGCGCAAUAAUUCACCUCGGCUUUGGAGGUUAAUGUGGACCUCAAUGAGAGAGAAAGGCAUUUGCAAGAAAAAUGAGUGGAAGACAAUGAUCAAGAAAGGAAAAAGCGUCAGGCAAAUCAAAGUCGGGCCUUUGCAAAGACAAAGCGAGUGAAAAGUAACAUUAGAUGAAGGAUUUCAUGCUUGAAACUUGGAUGGAUAAUGGGCGGAUUGGGGGAGUGAGACACACUGAUCACAACACAAAUAUUCAGAUACAAAAGGAGUCAUUUCUUACACCAGCGCUGACACAAGUGAGCAAAAAGAAUAAUCCAAUUAGUGUGAAACAGGGCUUUUAUUCGAGCUGCACAUAAGAAGUAUGCAUUUAAUCAAAACAGCUAUGGAACCCUGUUUUCCCUGGGAGUUAUUGAGUGGUUAAUUAUCUCGAUGCAUUCAGACAGUCUCUCCCACUUGAUAUGCUAUUAUAGUUGUUAUAAUUAAACAUUCAGAUCAAACCAAAAGCUUGCGCCGGGUUUCAACAUUGAUGGAACACAUUUUAAUGUACUAUAUUUAAGUAUGUACAAUUAUGCAAAUAUAUUGAUGUAGUCAUAAAACAGUCUUCUGAGAUGGUUGGUAAAACAUUUAAUCCUAGAGCAUCACUGGGAUUAAACAGCGAUGGAAUAUUUAUUGGACCAUGUGUGCAAAGUGCUUUCUAAUGAUUCAUUACAUGUUCAAUCGGAAGGGUUUAUUUCUGCACCAUAGAUUGCUUAUUUGUUGCUGGUGACAAAACUAAGGUCUGAAGAAUAUUUCUUGCAUAUUGUAACAAUUGGAUCAUUUUUCAGCCCCCUGAAGUAUUCAUUAUACCCAAGCCCAAAAGGUCUUAUCUGGUAAGCCAUGUUCAGGGUAUGAUAACUCAAGAAUUACGAUUGCUAGCCUCACAGGAAUUGGAAGAUUCAUACAUAAACUUGUUUCCUUCAUAUCCAAAUGGCUCGGUGUCCCUGCUGAGUUCACGUGUUUUCACAAUUGGCCCCUAAAGUUGGAAAAAAGUUACAACUUUUUAGACGUGGGUGGUAUUGUGGCCUUAAUCAAAAACACCAAGGAUACAAAUAAAUGUGUUUUGAUCUUAAA